AUGAACCACGAAUUCAAAUCACGUCGGAAACCCGAUCAGGACCGGGAAUCACUCGGGCCAACCUCGACUGGCCCAUCCUUUCCAAAGGAUGACUAUGCGAAAGAGCACAUCACCGGAGGUUGGCGACCAGGCAUGGACCCCAAAGUCGACUACUCCGGACAUUUCGAAUUUGGUGGCUCACUCGGAAAUCUGGCCCUGAUGAUCGGCUUUCCUCUUUUGAUGUACUACAUGUGGAUUGGCGCCACUUUCUAUGAUGGAAAGCUGCCUCUUCCGGACAACGGUCAAUCUUGGGCGCAGUUCGGGAAACAUUUGUGUUAUCUCGUCCACACGCAGGCAUUUCCCCACCUAAGGGCAUGGCGCAUUUACUGGACAUACUACAUCUUCGAAGCGGCAUGCUACGUUCUUCUGCCGGGAUUCACAUGCUACGGCAAGCCUCUUCUCCACCUAGGAGGCAAGCAGCUGGAGUACCACUGCUCUGCCUAUGUCAGCUUCUACUUUACCAUUUUGGUCAUGAGUGUUCUGCAUUGCACUGGUCUGUUCCCAAUUUACACCUUCCUGGAUGAGUUUGGCCCACUUCUUUCCGUGGCAAUUCUCUCGGGAUUUAUUGGCAGCUUUGUCGCUUACUUUUCUGCCUUCGCGCGGGGUGCGCAACAUCGAAUCACUGGCUAUCCAAUCUACGACUUUUUCAUGGGUGCUGAAUUGAACCCGCGCAUGUUUGGUAUCCUCGAUUUCAAAAUGUUCCACGAAGUCCGUAUUCCGUGGUUCAUUCUCUUCGGAUUGAGCUUCGCGGCCGCUACCAGACAGUAUGAGCGCUACGGAUAUGUGUCUGGGGAGGUGAUGUUCUUGGUAAUGGCGCACUUUCUCUACGCCAAUGCAUGCAGCAAGGCCGAGCAUCUGAUUACGACCACCUGGGACAUGUACCAAGAGAAGCUUGGCUUCAUGCUGACCUUUUGGAACAUGGCUGGCGUCCCUUUGUCUUAUUGUCAUUGCAUUCUGUAUCUUGCAAACCGCCACCCCUCGACGUACGCAUGGAACAAGUAUGCUUUGGCGGCGCUUUUUGUCUCAUAUCUCUUUGUUUAUUGGGUCUGGGAUACCACAAACAGUCAGAAGAAUUCGUUCCGCAUGAUGGAGCGAGGCACGUUCAUCAAGCGCAGAACAUUCCCACAACUCCCUUGGCAGGAGGUUCACAACCCGAAGAUCUUAGUGACAAAAGACGGUGAUACUAUCCUUGCCGAUGGAUGGUAUGGACUAGCCCGCAAGAUCCACUAUAGCUGCGAUAUGUUCUUCGCUCUGUCGUGGGGAUUGAUCACAGGCUUUGAUAGCCCGUUUCCUUGGUUUUAUCCGGUUUUCUUUAGCGUCAUGAUUGCGCAUCGUGCGAGAAGAGACAUCACCAAGUGCCGGAACAAGUAUGGUGAGACGUGGAAACAGUACGAGAAGGAAGUGCCAUACCUUUUCAUUCCAUAUGUCAUUUAG